GCGGCACAGCUCCAUGAAGCUUGGUUUAUGCUUGACGCAUUCACUUUCCGCUUGGUGAUGCGGCUCGCGGAUAGAACACGCUUCACAACUUGCAGCGUUUAAGUCACUGUGUCUCGUUAUUGGUUCUAUUUAAACCAACGUUGUAAAAUUACUUCUGCCCAGCCCAGAUGUGCUCCCUUGUGCACCCGUGAGCUGUGGUUCCGCUGGCACGCGUCUGACCUCUGACAGAUGCAUUCUGAACUUCAGAUCUUCAGCGCGCUGUCAAUAGCCUGAAUGGGAAUCAUUUCUUGUUAUUUAGUUACAUCCACAAUGUUCUGUGUGUGAGGUUUACAAUGUCAGAACACCUGCAUGAGACAGGUGUUAAUUACAAUCUGCCAGAAUGACUCACCACCUUCAGAUUUCUCCAACACCGUUAAAAAUGAUCAAAUACGGAACAUAUCGGCGUGCGCAGGCCAGAGUGUUGAAGCUCGGCGCAUUGUUAUUAUGAAGUUAGGGCACAUGUGGAGGACACACACACACACACACACAAAUAUACUUGUUUUCAAUUACAUUUAUUGUGCCCACUUACUUUUUCUUUGGCCCACCCACAAAUGAGUUUCUGGCAGCGCUAAUGGUGACACCUGACAGACUUCUCUGAGCUCCGCAGCCAUUACACUUUUCAUCUCGCGCACCCCCUAGCGGCAGCUCGCGCACUUUGGGAAUCCCUGCUCUAGGUUUUGCAGCCGAGGGAGAGCAACUGCAGCGCCUUGCUCCAAAAUCUGCGGCCGCCUUGAUCUCACAAGGUUAUCGUUGCCUACGUAUGCAUGACGUCAGAGCAAGUCGGCGUCAAUUCGGACACAAAUCUAACCGGCAUGCACUGCUCGCCGAUCACCGCUGGUCUAAUCUGCGCAGAACUGGCUCAUCUCCAACACAGGCAACGGCUUGAGUACAGCAAAGCGGAGUUGGUGAUGUACUGCGUUGUAUGGCGGAAGUAUGCGACGACUAGGGAUGAGUACCGAAUUCGGUACUUUUUAAGGUACCGACCGAAUUCCAUAGAACCGACCGAACACCGAUUCACGUCAAUUCAAACGGUGCCUCGUUUCGGUACUGCCAAGACAGUUGCGCAUGCGCAAGAGCGUUAUGUCGCCGGUCCCUGCGAGCCCGUUGUAAACAGAGCAAGCAUGGUAGAAAGAACGCACGCUAAAGCUUGGGUCCACUUCACUAAAUGUGGUGGAUAACUGGGUGAUGAAACUAGCGACAGACAACGAUCUAAGUGAGACAUCCUCAUCUUAAUCUGCUCCAGUAGGUAAAUAAAAUGUUUAAGAUAACGUUACCUUGAUUUGUUAGCUUCCGUUUCGCUAAUGGUGCGUUCGCUUUCUCCUCGGAACUCCGAAUUUCCGACUAGAAGAACAUGAACGCGCUCUAAAGUUUGGCUUUACUUUACUAAAUGCGACGGGUGAUUGGGUGAAGGUAAAACCAGUGACAAUUAUCUAAGUUUGAGGCAUCAUCGUUUUAAUCUGCUCCAGCAGCGAAAUAAACUGUUAAAGAUAACGUUAGCUUGAUAUGUUAGCUUCCAUUGCCACCAUUGUUAUCAGCUAAUGGUGCGUUCGCUUUCUCCUCGGAAAUUCUAACUUCCCAGUAGGAAAAAUCAAAUGAAAAAGGACGGCAAAAGGAAUGAAGAUACACAGUAAAUUUAGUUCACAGUAAAGAUGUUUGCUUCAGUUUAAUUAUCAGCUUAUAAAACUACAAGGACGAUGUUAAAAUACAAACUUGUAUGUUAUUUAUCGUGAUAUUUAUCAAAUAUGGUUAUAUAUUGAGAAAAAUAUCUAUUUAAUUAUAAAAGAGAAUUAAAAUAAUAAACACUCAAAAGUAUCGAAAAUUGGUACCGUUAAGUACCGGUAUCGACUCGUAGGUACCGGGAAUUAGUACCGGAUCGAUUCAAAUGUCAAAGGUACCCAUCCCUAGCGACGGCAAAAUCAUGUUUUGUUGAGGGAACAAACAAAUUAAAACUUGAAUACGUUAUUAUGUUUGUGAAUGUGUACAAAAUAAAGGUUUAUUACAUUUAAAAUGGUUCAGUUGUUAUUUUGACUCAUUUUGGCAGCUGACCAGCGGGGCCGAUAGAUUCUUGGCAGGGCCGGUAAAUAUUCAGAGUUACCGGCCCAGCUGGCUGGUUGGUUUUGAAGUUAAUGUCCACCCCUGUACAUUAUGAUGUCACAAUGUUGUGAGUGUGUGUAUUUGUCAUCGACAUUAACAUAUGUACAAUGAGUUUCCAUAGGCUCCAAUAACAAGUUUUUGUACUAAAAUGGGAGGUGGCCACCACCGCCAUUUUGACCGUGUCACCGGUUCCGUCAAGGCCAGACAAUUCCAUAAAAGGGAAGAGAGGAGGAGCUGAGGGUGGGGCUGCAAGGCUGGGAUCAACUCAAAAUCUCGGAGCAGUUUCCAAGCCAGGCCGAGUCUCAGACUGAGGCUUUUCCACGGAGCUAGCUCUGUGGUCACGUGUGUCGGAUGCUCAUUAAUUAUACAGAAUUUUAGUCUUUAAAUACACUUAAACAGAAGAGUGAGAAAAAAAUUCACCCCCUCAGAGUUGUCAUGAGUGUAAACUAGAUCAUUUAAACCAAAAACAUGUUUUGGUACCAGGCUGUAAACAUGUUUAUUUCUGCUGUGAAAUUGGUAUUUUUUAACAUGGGAGUCAAUGAGGAUUUGCUCGCUUCUGACUCCAGCCCCUAGUGGAUGAGGGUGGAACUGCAAUUUUUGGUACUUCCGGGUUGGGACCGAUUUUAGAGCCGCAUUGUGGGGGCUUGGUAUUUGUUUGUGGCUCCACCCUGUCGGUGUGCUAGGCAACAGCAUUUGUUGCAUUUUUCAAACAGGAAGUGGGAGUUGAGUAAGAACCUGGUCAUGGGUGACUUGCUUUUUAAAAUUUAGGAUUGUUUUUACAAUUAUACAAGUUUAGCAAAUUGAUGGUUGCAUAAGAUUCUAAAAGGUGUGAGUGAGUGAGUGAGUCUAAUUCUGUCUUUACUGAGUACAGACACAUGAUAACAUAGAAAUCCAUAGUGUUUGUGUUGCUUUUCUAAUAGUGCUGUCAUGUAUUUUAUGUUUCAAACAGCAUUCGCUAUGCCUGGCAAAGAGUCCAAACGCAAGGCGGAUGCUGCUAAGCGCAGCAAUCGUCCAGCUCCGCCUAUUCGUAUCGGGAUUCCAACGCACAGCAAUGAUGAUGUUAAUUUUUCUGGAACUGGCUUUCGUCAUCGAGUUCGUCGUUGGCCGACCAGUGUGAUUUCUAACAAAGCUCACAAGCUGGUCCUUCCAGAUGAGAUUCCUGACAAGAAAUUCAUCCUACUUGUUGGGGACUCCCACUUGAGGUCCGUGGCAGACGGCAUAGUCCCUAUGCCGGUUGGCGGCCUCGCUUUUGGUGUGAUGUCCACUCCAGGAGCUUGUGCAGAUCUUCUGCGCCUUGAGGUUUCACAGGCUGUGUUACCUCGGGAGCCUGAUGCUGUUUGCGUCAUGGCUCCUUCUAACAACCUUACGGCCAGCAGAACAGUUGAAGAGGCAGGGGAUGCAUUUGAGCGGUACCUUUUGGCUGUUCUCAGUCGCUGGCCUAAGGUUUUCUGUACCUCCAUGAUUCCCCGUUUAGUUGGUUCCUGGGAGCGUCAAGACCUGUUUCAGCAGGAGUACCACCGCAGAUCGGCUAAGCUAGGUGUAAGUUAUGUGCCGAUCCACGAUCACCUACCCAGGUACCGUCUUAAACUGUGGUGCCGUGAUGGUAUCCACCUCAGUGAUAAUCACGGGAUGCCUAUACUCACGCAACUGAUGUGGAAUGCCUCCUAUCAGUUCUUGGAGACACACGCACCAAAGCCACUGGUGCAGCACCAGGUGUCUCGUCCGCAGAAAGCGAGUAUUGUGCCCCGUGUGGUUGUGAAGGGUGUGGAACGCAUUCCACCUCCACGCCCUUCCGAAUGGACGUUUGUGAGACCUAGCGGGAAGAGAAACCAUUCAGGGGAAUUUGAAAAGACUUCUAAUUCCCCCAAGAAACGAGUGGUUGUUUCUAAGACUGAUGACACUUCAGUGGCCUUGAAGGAGUGUUUCAUCCUGAAUCCCGUUAGGUUCUCACCUUCAAUUCUGGCUGCCAUGGACACGAUUGCUCCAGCGGAUGGUCCCACAGAAUUACAGACUACAUCUGUGCGACAUUUUAAGAAAGCAGCUAGGCGUGUCCAGCAGGAGGUUGCAUCCACACCUUGCAUAAAUCCUCUUGCAGACGUGGAGUCUGUUCGGUCUAGGAAGGAGGUGUUGGACUGUGACCAGCUGCCUUCACCCCACCAUCAGGAGGCAUCUGGUUGUCCGGGGUCUGUCUCUGGGUCUGUUGCUGCCCAUGCUGUGAUGCUUCCUUCUGGCCAUCACGCGCAUGCAUCACCCAGAGGUCAGUCUGCUAACACCCCUUCUUGCGUGCGUUCACAGGUUUUGCUGUCGUCUCUAGUUCCAGAGACAACUGUUCAAAAUCCUGUUGUAAAUAAUUUUGAUGAAGAUAAAACAAUUUUACACAACGAUGAUACAAUUUUAGACUCUGUCCUAGGAUCAUUUCAUCAGGGCGAUGGGCGUUUUAAAUAUGGGGGAGUUCAGUGUGCAGCUAUUACUGUUGUUGCUUUAACAAAGCACAAACAGAAGAGUGUUUUCUCUUGGGAUUUUGCCGUGUUGGAUAACGUUGUUGAGUUAGGAGAUGAGCUGUACACAGAUUUGCGCGACAACAAGAAGAUUAGAGGUGGACAUGAGUUUCUCUCUGUUCCAGACUUGCCAAAGGAAAUUGACAUGGAAGAACAGAGUUUUAAGCUUGUUUACGGGGAUUUCGUUUUAGGAGAUGUAGAUGUAGCUGAAGGCGAGUUAAUAGAUGCUGGUGUGUACACUCCUCUCCUGGAUGGAUUGAAGAAGAUGUGCACACAGCAUGAAACUUGCAUUAUGACAUUAAGUGGCAAUACUUGUGCUAUCAUUUGUGAUAAUGGACGUUAUGCUGUAGUAGAUUCCCAUGCACGCUCCGCAGACGGCAUGGUAGACCCGACAGGACAGAGUGUAGUUCUGUACUUUGCGAACCUUGAUAAUGUUUUUCAACAUUUUCAGAGGUUUGCUAGUGAACUGGUGGGAUCUCAGAGGUUAUUUGAGAUCACUGGAGUGGAUAUUGUUCAGAUGGACACAUUUAAAAAUGUAUCUGAACAAACAGAUGACAUUGACAUAAACCCUGUUAUUUUUGUUAGUGAUGCUAGUACUAAAGAUUUUCAUUUCAGUCCCGUUUCUACAGACGUGUCACAGGCGUUGAGUAAAUGUCUGAAUGUGAAGUCUGCGAUGGUUGAAUCAUCUCCUGUUCCUUCAUGUAGCACAAGUGUGGUUAACGUUGAUGAUGACAACAGUAUUGUAAACAAUGAUACAAUUUUAAGCUCACUUACAGGAUCAUUUAAUCAGAGCGAUGGGCGUUUUAAAUAUGGCGGCGUUCAGUGUGCAGCAAUAAGUCUUGUUGCUUUAACUAAGCACAACAUACAAAGUGUUUUUUCAUGGGAUUUUGCCAUGUUAGACAAUGUUGUUGUUUUGGGCGAUGAGCUGUACACAUAUUUACGCGACAGUGAUCUAAUAAGUGCUGGGAAUGUGUUUCUUUCUGUCCCAGAAUUGCCAAAGGAAAUCGUUAUGGGCAAACAGACUUUUAAGUUGAAUUAUGGGGAUUUUGUUUGUGGAAAUGUAGAUAUCGUUGAAGGUGAACUUAUAAAUGCUGGAGUGUACACUAGUCUUUGGGAUGGUUUGAAUAAGAUGUGUACACAAUAUGAAACAUGUUUUUUUACACUUGGAGACAAUACUUGCGCUUUACUUAGUGAAGAUGGACAUUAUGCUAUUGUUGAUUCACAUGCUCGUUCUGCAGAUGGAAUGGUUGACCCAAACGGUAAAAGUGUAAUUCUAUACUUUAGUAGUCUUGACAAUGUUUUUAGAUAUAUUCAGAGGUUUGCCAGUAAAUUAAAUGGAACUCAGAAGUUGUUUGAGAUCAGUGGAGUUAACAUUGUUCAGAUGGACACAUUGAAAAAUGUUUCUGAACAAACAAGGUUGCCUCCAACAACAGGAAAGGAGGUUAGACGUGAAGAGUCAUUUCCACUCUCGGAACCAAAAAAGUUACAGACAGAUGACACCGACAUAAACCCUGUUGUUUUUGUUAGUGAUGUUAGCACUAAAGAUUUUCAUUUCAAUCCCAUUUCUAGGGACGUGUCUCAGGUGUUGAGUAAACGUCUGAAUGUGAAGUCGGCAAUGGUUGAUGAAUCAUCUCGUGUGAUUGGUGAAUUGGGUGUACCAUGCAUGAAUAAAUCAAUAGUGGCAGAUGGAAACUGUUUUUUUAGAGCACUUAGUCAAGCUGUUUCUAGCACCCAGGAAUAUCAUAGAAAAAUCCGUCUUGCUUUGGUCAAUCAGUUAAAAAAGAAUCCUCAAAUGUAUCAAACCAUUUUAAGAAGUGAGUAUUCCUCGGUUUCGCAGUACCUCACCUCAUCCAGGAUGCAGUACGUUGGCAGUUGGGCAACUGAAGUGGAAAUUCAAGCUGCUGCUGAUUAUUUUGGCAUUAACAUAUUUACUUACUGUAAUGAUAAAUGGCUUAAAUAUACAUCCAACAGCAUCUUUUCACAGCAGGCUGUUUAUUUGGAGAAUAGUAAUGGUAACCAUUAUGAGACAGUGGUUUGUGUAAAACAACCUAACACAGGAACUUGUUAUGGUUAUUGUGGCCCUGUAAAUAGUAUUUCUGGUAGAUACAAUACUCGACAUGCCCCUACAGAACAUUUAAAAUGUUCAGUAGAAACUGUCACACUUGAGCCGAGUUCCAUAGAUACAGAUGGUGUUAGUGUUGUUCAUUCAAAUACUUUAUUUACUCCUCUGUCUGCAGAUUUUUGUAAAACUCUGUGUAAUCGGUUGAAAAUAGAUUUUGAGAAACACAAUUCUCAAGAAUCCACAUCAGGUGGGCCUUUAGGAAAUGUGUGUAAGACAGAACAUAUUAUUGAAGAUGGUAACAGCUUUUUUAGAGCUGUAGCUCAUGUAAUUAGUGGGUCACAGAAGGGCCAUCGUAAGAUCAGACUCGCUGUUGUUUCUUAUAUGUCCAAAAAUGCUGAAGAGUGUGAGAAGUUUCUGGGAAAAGAACAUGCUUCUGUGUCAGAAUACAUAAAAAAGUCACAGAUGAAUUAUGUCGGUCACUGUGCUACAGAAGUAGAAUUUAGAACUACAGCCAGUGUUUUAGGAUUACCCAUAUUUAUCAACAAUGGCACAGAGUGGGUCAAAUAUAGUUCUCAAACUGGUAAUUUUGUCACUGAGGGACUAUAUUUGUCAAACUGUAAUAAUCAUUUUGAGCCCGUUCUUUGCAUAAGACUGGGUAAUAAAGAAACAUGUUUUGGGUUUUGUAAAGUUGAUUCUUUGUCAGACAACGUAAACAAAUGCAGAAGGUCAACUAUGAUGCAGUUAAAUGCUGACCCAAACAUGGAAAAGAUGAAAACGAGGAAGAGUUUUUCCAGAUAUUUAAAGCAAAAUAAGGCUUAUGCAGAAGCCUCUAAUUAUAAAAUGGUAAGUGCAGUUAAAGACAAAAUAAAAAGUCAGAAGAAAAAUGCAUACAAGCAAAAUGUUGCUUACAGAAUGAAAAAGAUCAGCACAACCAAAUUUAAAUACAAAUUUCUUCUUGCACAUAAAGAGAAAGUUAAACAUAAGGCCAAACAUAGGUCCAUUUUCAACUAUCAUCAUAACUUGGCUCAUCGAGAAAAGCUUAAACAGAUGAGUGUGUAUAAGUACCAUCAGAAUUUGGCUCAUCGAGAGAAGCUUAAACAGAUGAGUGUGUAUAAGUACCAUCAGAAUUUGGCUCAUCGAGAGAAGCUUAAACAGAUGAGUGUGUAUAAGUACCAUCAGAAUUUGGCUCAUCGAGAGAAGCUUAAACAGAUGAGUGUGUAUAAGUACCAUCAGAAUUUGGCUCAUCGUGACAAAAAGAAAAAAAUGAGUAAAAAGAAAUACCUUAAUAUUGAGCAUAAAACAUGUUUAAUAGAAAGUAUCCAGCAUAAAAGAAAGCUGAUUAAAGUAAAUUCACAAAACUUUAAUUUUGUUGUAGAUCAAUUUUUAGAGAAGGUGAAAGAUGGACCUGAUUUUGUGUGUUGUGUCUGCUCACGGUUGUUGUUUAGACAUCAGGUCUUAAAUUGUAAUCAAGAAUACUAUAGAAAAACCAAAGAAAUGUCACUUAUAGCAGAUAAAUGUAUAAGUGACAAUCAUCUACACAAAUGCAAUGAUGCCUGUAGAUUACCUUGCAAAUUGAAUGUAUGUAGAAAUAAAUUGAUAAUCUGUUACACGUGUCAUUAUAAAAUUAGUAAAUGUCAGAUACCCCCAGAAAGUUCAAUCAACAAGCUGACUGUUGAUCCCAUCCCACCUCAACUGGCAUGUUUAAAUACAUUAGAGCAACAUUUAAUAGCGAUGAAUAUACCCUUUAUGAAAAUGUUGGCUCUGCCCAAAGGUGGUCAGAAUGGGAUUCAUGGUCCUGUCACUUGUGUACCUGCAAAUAUAGUGGAAACGUGCAGUUUGUUACCACGUACCAACAUGGAGGGGUCUUUAUUACCUGUAAAGUUAAAACGUAAAUUGACAUAUAAAGGACACUAUGAUUAUCAGUAUGUUGACACACAGCAUGUUCAGGAAGCUCUUCAGUAUUUAAAACGUCAUAAUUUGCAUUAUAAAGAUGUAGAGUUCAAUGAGUCUUGGAUUAACACAUUUACUCAGGAAGAUGAGUCGUCUGUCCUGCAAGAAGAUAGUGGUUCUGGUAAAGAUGAAGAUACUUGCAUAGAUGGAGAAGAUGAGUUAUUGCAUGACAGACAACAGCACUGUAUGUUUCAGGACACCUGUCUCAUGCCAGUAGAUAUAGGACAAGAAGCAUUGGAUCAGUAUGUGGAUAACAUAUUAAAUGUAGCUCCAGGUGAAGGUAACAAUCCAGUGAAAUUGCUUUCAGAUUUUACAAAUGAAGCAAAAAGUUUUCCCGUCUUGUUUCCUUCAGGAUCGAAUACUUACUAUGAAAGCAGACAAUUUCGUUUGACUCUGAAUCGGUAUUUCAACAACAGGCUUCUUCAUGUCGAUGGUCGAUUUGCUAACAAUGUAGAAUAUAUAUUUUUUGCACAGUACAUGUCUGAACUAGAGCAAGUUGUGUCCAAAGUUUCUAUAGCUUUGCGUAAAGGUAAAAGCGGUGAAUCUCAGAAGUUGGGUAAUUUGAUACAGGAUCAGGAUUCUUUAAAUAAGCUGUUAGAGUUUGAUGAUGGCUACCGGUUUCUUAAACCAAUUCGCGGCACACCUGCUUUUUGGCAAUCUGCUCAGCGAGACCUCCUGGCUUGUGUAAAAAUGUUGGGCAAACCUACUUGGUUCGCAUCAUUUUCGUCGGCAGAUUUGAGGUGGACUAACCUUCUUUAUAGUAUUUUGAAACAGGAAGGCAGAACAGAGACAGUGGAACAGCUGGAGUGGGCUGAUAAAUGUGACCUCCUACGUAGGAAUCCAGUAACUGCUGCCCGAAUGUUUGAUUUUAGAUGGCAUGUCUUCUUAAGGGAAGUGCUAAUGUCUCCUGCCAAUCCCAUUGGUAAAAUAGAAGAUUAUUAUUAUCGUGUUGAGUUCCAGCAGCGUGGUUCUCCUCACUGUCAUUGCCUUUUCUGGGUUUCUGGUGCUCCCAUUUUAGAUAAGAACACAGAUGAGGAGGUCAUUGCAUUUGUUGAUGAAUAUGUCACAUGUGAACUUCCUUCUGAAGACGAUUCACUACAUGAAGUCGUCUCAUCUGUCCAGCAGCACUCCAAACGGCAUUCAAAGACUUGUAGAAAGAAAAAAACUGUUUGUCGUUUUAAUUUUCCACGGCCUGCAUCUGUUAGAACUUUUAUUAGUCGUGGUGAAAAGUAUCAAGAUGCAGUGAAGACUUGCAAGUGUGAUAAAACAGAUAGCACUGUACAGUGUGCCUGUGCGUCUCAAGAUAAAGCUCGUAAACAAGAAAUGGACAAAGAAGUAGCAAGUGCCAUUUUAACUAAAGUAAAGACUGCUAUUUCUAGUGAAGACUGUCCAUAUAACAGUGUAGAAGGUCUGUUUCAGGGCCUGGGUAUCAGUCAGGAACUAUUUGAGAUGGCAUAUAAACGAUUUUGUCGAAAUACACAUGUUGUUUUGAAAAGGGAAGUUAAUGAAAUCUGGAUUAAUCAGUAUAGCAAGUUGCUGUUAAAAGCUUGGAAUGCUAAUCUUGAUAUCCAGUAUUGCGUCGAUGCUUAUGCAUGCUGUGUAUACAUAAUAUCUUACAUGUCUAAAAGUGAACGGGAAAUUGGCCUUCUGCUUGCUAAUUCUCAAAGAGAAGCAGCCAAAGAUGGUAAUCUUAGUGCUAAAGAGGCCUUGAAGACUCUUGGUAAUGUUUAUCUUCAUAAUCGAGAUGUUUGUGCGCAGGAAGCAGUCUACAGGCUAACUAACAUGCAUCUAAAGGAGUGUUCUAGGAAAGUUGUGUUUGUUCCCACUGGUGAUAAUAUAGUGAAAAUGAGUUUGCCUAUUUCUGUUUUGAGGCAAAAAGCAGCAUCACAGGAUCUUACUUCAGAUGACAUGUGGAUGACCGGAUUAGUUGAUCGUUAUAAGAAGAGGCCAAAUGAUGAUGUGUUCAAUGAUAUGUGCCUGGCUACGUUUGCAUCAGAAUAUCGUGUUUUGAGUAAAAACGAAAAAUGUAGAAACCCUAUAAAGUUAAGUAAUGAUUUAGGAUUUGUUACAAAAAGAACUCGGACUAAACCAGCGGUUGUUCGUUACGCGCGUUUCUCUGAAACCAAAGACUCGGAGAAAUUUUUUCAAAGCAUGUUGCAGUUGUUUUUACCGUACCGCCAUGAUAGUCAACUUAAGCUUAACUGUGAAACUUUUGAGGAAUUUUACAGAACUGGUUUAAUUAGAUUUUUUGAUAGAACAAACCACUCGGUAAAGGCUGUUGUAGAUUUAAAUCGGAGUAAAUUUGAGUUAGAAUCUGAUCAUUUGGAUGCUGUGAAUAAUAUAGUCGGUGAUGUAAUGUUAGAAGAUGCAUGGUGUGAGUUGUGUCCGGCAGUUGAAAUGGAACGUUUAGAGUGUGUUGAAAUACUGAAAGAAUCAGAACCGACAGUAAGUGACGAGGCAGAAGUAAUCCCAGAUUUGGCUCCAUGUUCAAACCAAACUGCACAUUUAGAGAAGAGAAACACGAUGCGUAGAGGUGAAGGUCUGGCAUUGAUUAGGUCUUUAAAUGAAAAACAGUUUUCUGUUUUUAAUCAAAUCAGGCAGUGGUGUGUAGAUAAAGUUAAUGGUAAUAACCCUGAACCACUGCAUGUUUUUGUUACAGGUGGGGCAGGCGUUGGGAAAAGUCAUUUAAUUCGAGCAAUCGAGUAUGAAACACAGAGAUUACUGUCACCAAGCUGUAGACAUCCUGAUAAUGCAUGUGUAGUAUUGACAGCUCCUACUGGGAUUGCAGCAUAUAAUUUAGGUGCAACAACAAUCCACACUACACUGUCUAUAGGAAAGGAUGUGCGCUUACCGUACACUCCUCUGGGUGAAGAAAAACUAAAUUCUUUACGUACAAAAUAUUGUGAUUUGCAGCUUCUUAUUAUUGAUGAAAUAUCAAUGGUCGAUCAUAACCUGUUGUCCUAUGUUCAUGGUAGAUUACGUCAGAUUAAACAAACGGGUGACUUUUCACCUUUUGGAAAUGUCAGUGUAGUGGCUGUUGGAGAUUUCUUCCAGCUACCUCCUGUUAAAGGGAAGCCACUCUAUUCUGAUGGUGUAGGUAGCAACUUAUGGUCAAGCCUAUUUAAAGUUGUACAGUUAACUGAAGUCGUUAGACAGAAAGAUGCUGUGUUUUCUGGACUGCUAAAUAGAAUCAGAACUCAUACAAAAGGUACACCAUUGUUACCUGAGGAUUUAAAGGUUUUAAAAACUUGUGAAACAGGUGAGGCAAGCUCAGCAUUGCACAUAUUUGCAACAAAUAAUCAAGUAAAUAAUCACAACAUCCAUCAGUUAUGUCACGUUUGUCCUGAUUACAUAUCAAUUACAGCCAAAGAUUAUGUUAAUGAUAAAAGAACAGGCAAACUGAAGUUGUUGGAAGGGAAUCAUGCCAGAGCUUCUAAUACUAACUUGUCAGAAGUGUUACAGUUGGGUAAGGGUGCGCGUGUAAUGUUGUGUAAAAAUGUGGAUGUCAUUGACGGUUUAGUAAACGGAAUUUGUGGUACGUUGACGGAAAUUGUAAUUUUAGAAAAUGACACCUUUCCUAAGAAAGUUUAUGUUCAGUUUGAUGACCAUCGUGUCGGCUUGCAGAGGAGGAAAACCUCCCAGUCUCUGUCAGCAAAUUUAGCUGGAUCUACACCUAUUGAACCCGAGGAGGAAAGAGCCACUGUUAAAGGUGGAUUACGUCGACAAUUUCCUCUUAAAUUAGCUUGGGCGGUUACGGUUCAUAAAGUUCAGGGACUCACUCUUGAAAACGCCGUUGUUAGUUUUAGGAAAAUAUUUGCACCAGGUCAAGCAUAUGUAGCACUUAGCCGUGUAACAAGUCUUUCAGGACUCACAAUUCAGGACUUUGAUGAAAAACGAAUCUAUUGUAAAGAUGACAUUACAGUUGCAGUUAGUAAAAUGACCCCUUUUUUGACUCCAAACUCACAGUUCGACAGAUUUAACUCUUCUGCAUUCACUGUGUUUUUAAUGAAUGUCCAAAGUCUGAAUCGACACGUUAAAGACUUAGCUUUCUGCACACAGCAUUUGCAACCUAAUUGCAUUGCUGUCACAGAAACAUGGGUAUCUACAGACAGAUCAGAUGCAGUAAAGAUUGAUGGCUAUAGUUUUUACAACUGCCCACGAGGUUUAGCUUAUUCUAGUACUCAUGAGUCUUUGAUUGCUUUUCAAGAACAACAACAUGGUGGUGUUGGCUUUUAUACUGCAGAUGGUGUGGCAUUUAAAAUGUUGCAGGCUCCAGACGUCAACUUGGAGAGUUUAGUGUAUAGCUUUGUUAACUUACACAUAGUACUUGGACUCAUUUAUCGACCUCCUCUUUAUCCCCUUUCUUUGCUUAAAGUAAAUUUAACAAAGUUGCUUGAUUGGCUGGAGGUACAAAGUGAGACAUUAGUACUAAUGGGAGAUUUUAAUGAUGACAUUUUAAAAUCAUCAACAAUAUUAAAACUUUUGACUGACAGAGGCUAUGCCCAAAUAGUCAAACAGCCAACAACCGAGAAAGGCACUUUAAUAGAUCAUGUCUAUGUAAAAUCCAACAAGUAUAUAACAGAAGCAUCUGUUAUUCCAACAUAUUUUAGUGAUCAUCAGGGCAUCAUGUGUGCUUUGACACGGCUUUAGUUUACCUCAAAAACAGCUUUGAUUUGAUCAACACCUAACUGCAGAAUUUGUAAUGUAAAGAGGUGUGUGUGUGUGUGUGUGUGUGUGUGUGUGUGUGUGUGUGUGUGUGUGUGUGUGUGUGUGUGAUCAAUUUUAGCUUUAACAUUUACUAAUAUUUUACCUUUCCUUACAUGAGCUAUCUCUACUGAGAGCAAAAUCAAUUUCGUUGUACACCUAUGCAAUGACAAUAGAACUUGUAUAUAUAUAUCAUACAUAUAGUCUGUCAGAACUUUUCUAUAUGAAAUAUAUUGGAUGUAUUGUUUUUAAGCAGUGUACAUGUUUCGAUGCCGUUGAGAGGUUGUGUACACUCAGGACAACUUCGCUGCCGCGUUCCAUGUGUGAGAGCAGGGGUUGCAGGACAAUGUGCGCACAGGAGUGUAGCAAGAUUUUUAAACUGUGGGUGCUGAAAUUUCUCUGAUGCAUAUAGGUGAGAAGUGUUACAUUCGCAAAAUAUUUAGCUGUCAUGAGAGCAACAAAGGGGGUAAUAACGCGCGGAACGUUUUGGUGUCGUGCAUUUGUCAUGGCACUAGAAUUUCGGGAGUGGUGCAGCACCACGCCUAUGUAGGAAAAACCACUAACUGCUGCUGUAUGCUUCACCAUUUCUGUGAUUUCAAUUUUCAUGUCCCCUACUGACCUAGUCAAAAUAACAUUGAGCCAUUUCCCACCUUCUCUCAGCUCUAGAAUGCUCUUUCCCCUUGUCCUCUGCAUUAAUCUCUCACCCACUUUUUAAUCAAAACUAAAAACAUAUCUGUCCAGAUCAGCAAUUAAUACACUAAUUUUAUUGUUGUAAUGUGUGUGAGUGUGUGUGUGUGUGUGUGUGUGUAUUUCAUCUUCUUUGUUGCAAAAUGUGUAGGAUGUAUUGGAAAGCUUUUAAACGUCUUUUUUAACAUCAAAAUUAAAUGUGUUUAAAAGCUUUCUAAAGGUUUCGUUUCCUGCAUUAAGAUGGUAUUUAUUGAAAUUAAACUGAAAACCUUUAGUACAAUUGGCCUCUCAUUCAUCACUACUAAACGAUGUAACAAUUCAACACCAAAUUAUGCAUAAUGUUAAAAAUUAAACUGGUGAAUUUCAUGCUGUUUUAAUGCAGGGUUUGCUUUACCUGGUAAAAUGCACAAAAAAGCAAAGGCAAUGGUCUGGUCUCCCAAUUGUGGGACAGGGUUCAAAUCCCUGUGUUGCCCUGCUAAUUGUGUUGAUCACUGGAAAAAACUAUUAUUAAAAAAGGCAAAAAACAAUAAACUUUAAGUUUAAAAUCUUACUUGCUGCAAUUCACCCUAGAACUAAACACAUUUUGAUUUCAAGGACAACUGAUAAGAUCACACCCAUGGGCAUUUCUAGCGUGCUUUUGUGAGUACUGAAGCACCCCUAAAUUCAUCUCUAGCACCCCUAAAGUUUAACAUUUAUUUAUUUAUUUUUACAAUUUAUGGUGAUUUUUAAACACAUAUCUAAAACAAUUGGACAAAACAUUGUUUUACAAACAAUAAUAUAGCAAAUCUCCCCUGUCUCAAAAAUGGUUUGAUCGUGCUCACCUUUCCAGCCUCUACUCUGAGCCUUCCUGAGUGGCUGACAUGCCAUUAGGAACCACGUUUCUUUCUGUGGGACAGUCCUGAAUUUACAUUAUUUUUCACAGGUCUUUGAAUCUUGCAUAAACUGAUUGUGAGGCGAAAACCGCAGCUGUCAAUCAAACUAGAAGGUGGGACUUUGACGCAGGUCUGGCCACUCACGAACCUCCAUACCAAAUGGUAACGUCAGAGUGAUCCAGGACUCAUGGGAGAUGAGCGCAGUGGAGAAAUGCUGUUACAAUAAAGGCUGAAGGGUUAAACUUGCUCAGGUUCUUCAGUAAUCACACAGGCUGGUGCUGAAGAAGCCCAAUAAUAAGCUAACACAGACAAGGUACUUGUGUUCUUUCAUAGCCAAACCCUUUUGAAUAGCAUUUAACAGUUGAAAAAUCUAAUUAAAUCCUUGAUUAUUUCUUCAGACAUGUCUGAGGGAAAAAAAUCAGAACAUUAAAUUUAAAUCUUAACUUAUGUCAGAGAUCAAAGUCACUAAUUGUUGUUUUCUCUCCUCUAAAUUUCUACUGUAAGAGACUAUUUGUCAUUUUUGCUAAGCUACCAUUCUGUUUUAGUUGUUUAAAUUCUGGGGAAAAAAGACAAUUUAUCAAAAAAGUUUGGAUUUAUUUCAAUGGGAUGUUGAUAUUAGUGGAAAAUUGUGAAACAAUCAAAUCAUGCAUAUGUCAUAAAAAGCAAACAAUGUUUAAGGAAAUGGUGCCAUAGUGAUUUAACUUGCUGAGCUAGUAAAAACAUUUCCAGUGUUGUGUAAUAAAAUACAACAAGUUUGGCAUGUUUGUGACUUUAUUUGUUGAUGUUGUUCAAGUUUUAAUUCAUCUAGAUGUUGCUGUCUUUAAUUCACGUAAAAUCUCUUUGAGCUGUUAUUGAGCGAAUCAAAAUCAAUGUGGUGUAAAUUGGUGUGAAUCACACUGUAUUAUUUAUCUAAAGCCAAUUGUCUGUACAAAUUAUUACACUUUUAAAAGUUUGUAGGUAGCACUCUAGAGAAAAUGGAUCACAUGCUUUAACAAUUUUCACAUAGUUCAGUUAGAGGCUGCAUUUAUAGGCGCUUACCAACUGCAUAAGUUCCUAGAACCAUCCCUCCAGUAAGAACAUUUUCACAUUGCAUUCGCACAGCACUCAGAAACGUCUCACUACUAGGGCAUACUCUAUCUUUACCACACUGGUGAUGUGAUGUUCAGUCUCGGGCAAGUCGGAGGCUGUUUGUGGAAGUUACAGUCAAACGUAAGGUCACAGCGUCAUGCCAGAAAUCGCCAUGCCCCUGCCUUUCUGAAAAGCUAUCAGAUCUGAAUGGUCAUUACAACAUCAGGAAGACAGUACAUGACCUUAGUGUCAUCUUGACUAAAUUAGAGGGAACAAAUAUGGGCAUUUCACCAUAAAACAGUUGACUUCCUGUAGUCAGGGGGCGGGGCUUAGGUGAUGUCAGCUGUCCACAUUGUCACUGUCUUCAGAUGUGGUCAGUGAUCACACAGACAAAGUAUGAAAUUGAUCUGAUCAUGCACAUGGGAGUUAAGUCAAAUAAGGUAAUGGCGACUGGUCAAAGUUUGAGGCUUAGCCACGCCCACACCUUUAUACUUAUUUAAAAUCCGACGGUUGAAUUUUUUCCUCUAUGUCUUAAGAGUAUAUAGCAGAGGUUUGAAGGUGAUCGGUGGAAAGGGCGAGGAGAUAUCAUUCUCCUAAUAACGUGUGCGAAAACCACUAAAUUGAGUACUUGGACCAAAAUGGCCGACCUCCUGUGCGACAUUGUGCUUGGCUCCAAGAGACUUUUUUGUAGGUCCUGGUGCACUACAUUAGUGUGCCAAAUUUUGUGAUCCUCAGUCAAAGCAUGGCUUGGGGCUGACUGUUUUAAUGGUCCUAGGGGGCGCUGUUUCAGAAAAUAGGCCACGCCCACAAACUUCAGCUGUCCAAUUCUAUUAGGGGUCAGAGUAGGAUCACUCAUCAGAACUUGUAUGGCGAUGUCACAAUGACUGAAGAAAUGAGAGACAAACGUAUUUCCAUGUCGUGAUGGCGAAUUUCGCCAUUCUCCCAAAGCCCCGCCUUUAUUCGAAACCUGCCAGUACUAUAGACCAAGUGACCUCAACUUGUCUGCUGCUAUUCGCCACUGUUUGGUGGUGAUUGGUUAAAAGGAGUCC